UUUUGUUUACUAUAGUGCAACAUAUUUAAACAUAUGCGUUCCAUUUGUGCAUGGAUAAGAUUACUGUUACUCAAGUAAAUGACGUUUUCUACAUAGACCAAUUCGAUGGCAAUGCACAUAUUCGUGGAACUUUACACUUAACUUUAACUCAUAUAUUUUUCCUUGGUUUAUCCAGAAGACAAGAAAUUUGGUUACAGAAUCAACUGAUUUCUUCAGUUGAACGUCUUCCACUAACUACUGGUGGUGCACCUUUAGUUAUACGUGGUAAAGAUUUUCGAGUACUUCGUCUGAUUCUACUGAAAGAACGUGAUUGUCAUGAUGUGUAUCUAACUCUGACCAGAUUAAUACGUGUUGCAAAUGUGUCUGAACUGCCGUGUUAUCGUUUCGUCCCACCUGAUUGUUAUUGGCCUCGUGAAGAAGGCUGGUCGAUGUUUUCAUUGGAAUCACAAUAUAAUCGAUUUGGGCUGCCUAAUUCUUUCUGGACGCUAACGAAUGUGAAUAACAAUUUUGAGAUAUGCGACACCUAUCCUUCUUUGCUAUGUGUCCCAAGUAUGAUAUCAAAGAAUAUUCUCUAUGGAAGUUCACGUUUUCGUAGUCGUGGCAGAUUUCCUGUGUUGACUUAUCUACAUCCAAAUGGAAAGUCAGCAUUAUGUCGAAGCAGUCAACCGCUAGCUGGUUUUUCUUCAAAAUCAACAGAGGACCAGGUACUCUUCGAGGCUAUACGUAAUUCAAAUCCUGAAUCCAAUAUUCUCUAUGUGGUUGAUACACGACCUGCAAUCAAUGCGUUGACUAAUCGUGCACAAGGGAAAGGAUAUGAAGAUACCAAUGUCUAUCGGAAUGUUGUAAUUCAAUUCUUUGAUAUUGAGAAUAUUCAUGUGGUUCGGUCGUCUUUAGAAAAGUUAUUAAAAGUUUGUUGCAGUCCAGCAAUAACACUGGAAAACUUCACAUCGGGUUUGGAUAAAUCUGGUUGGCUUAAACAUUUACGUGCAAUCUUGGAAGCAGCCUAUUUUGUAGCUAAACGAUUGGAUGAAGGCAACUCAGUACUGGUUCACUGUUCCGAUGGUUGGGAUCGUACAGCUCAAGUCUGUGCCUUAGCACAAAUUAUUCUGGAUCCGUAUUAUCGAACAUUUAUAGGAUUACAAGCAUUGAUUGAAAAAGAAUGGAUCCAGUUCGGUUAUAAAUUCACUGAAAGAUGUGGUUUAGAAUCUGAUGUUGAUCCACGUGAAGUAUCGCCUAUUUUCACUCAAUUUCUUGACUGUCUUCGACAUUUACUGGAGAUAUGUCCAAGUAAAUUUGAGUAUAAUGUUAAGUUGUUACAAUUUCUACACGAUCAAGUCUACUCAGCAGUUUAUGGAACAUUUAUUGGAUGUAACGAAAAGGAGAGAAUAAAUCUUAGAGUUCGUGAGCGUACUUACUCUCUCUGGGCUUACUUAAAUCACUACCGUGAUAAAUGGAUUAAUCCCUUCUAUGAACACAAUUCAGUAUGGACAAAUUUUUCUAUCGGGAGUAGUUUUGAUUUAGAAAAAGAAUCAUAUUUUGAAACAGAUGAUUUAAUCACCUCUGGAAUUGAACUUCUUGACGAUGGUAAAGGCAAUAGUCGAUAUGCAGCAGAUAUGCUUCCAGCACAUGUAUUAUAUGCACCAUUGUUUCGUUUAUGGCGUGAUCUGUAUUUACGAUGGGAAUGGCGUUUGCCUAAGCAUGAUGGUCAACGAGAGAAUCAUGUCUCUGACUAUUUAUACGGUCUGACUACUCUACUUGACCACAAUCGAUUAUUGGAGGCGAGAAUUAGGCAGUUACAAAAGUUAUUGGAUAAAAGUGAUAAUAAUAAUGAUAGUAAUAGUACUGUUGUACAUAAGAAUAAUUUAGAAGCUUCACCUGAGAAAUCAUUAACUUCAAAAUUGACAGAUCUUAAAAUUGAUUGUGCACUGGAUAAGACUGAAAAUGAAAUUCAUUCAACUGACAACGAAAAAUCGACGGUUUCGUCGUCGAUUAAACAACCUCUUGUUUUUACAAGGUGGAAUUCAAUUUCUAAUGAUGAUCAAAAACAACUGCCUCUGCCUACUGUUGAACAACUCAAAUGUGAAAUGGAUAUUAUCAGUGUAAAAUGGUCACCGUGUAUGAAAUCAGGUGAUUUAUGCUGUGUUUGUAAUAGUCUCUUAGUCUUAUCCAAUCAAUCAGUUCAUUGUCAUUCAUGUGGCCUUCUCACCUGUUCACGGUGUAUCCAUCCCAAUCCACCAAUCAUUCCAAGUUUAUGGUCUACUGAUCAAAAAUCUGUACAGUUUUGUAAUUCUUGUACUUCUAAACUUCGCAACAGUAUCAACACUUCAAAUUAUAAACAUUUCAGUCAAUUAAAAAAAACAACCAGCAACAUGCCAACUACUACGAAGUCUGAAAACAAUUCAUCAUCUUCAACUGAUCACCACCACCACCACCUGCUAACGUUUACAUCAUCCACGUGUAACUCUUGAUGUCUGUUAGCUGUGGAUUAAUUUUCCUCUCCUCAAAUUUACCAUGUGAUAUUAGGUAUUUGUGUGCGUUUGUGCUUGUGUGUGUGUGUCUAUCUAUCUAUCUACCCAUGUUUUCUCUUUCUCUGAUAAAAAUUAUCUGUGAUCAUGUUUCAACAAGUGCUGUCUCAUUCUGUACUUGCUUACCUUCCUUGUAUCUUCACAGUUCCUAUUUUCCCCUCUAUUAUUCAUCCCUUAUUCCCGUGUAUUUCGUUAUCGAGGAAUAUGUGCUUGGAAUUGGAUCAGUGGUAAGCAGUAUUUGUUAGUUUAUUGAUUUACUUUCUGUUCUUCUCCUCUUUUCCCAUCUGUGCGUGUGUGUGUGAGUGCAUAUCGAUCGUUUGUCUGGCUUUUCAUUCCUGCUGUUUUUUUCAUUUUUUUAUUUCUGAUUUUUCAUCUCCCCGCUUAAACACCUUCUCUCCUUUGAUCUAUCACCGCAACUAGUAUGAUCCAGUUAAAAAGAAAUUCUAUGAAUCAGCUGUUUGUUUCUUUUCUUCAUAUUAUAAUUUCUAGGGUGUGUAAUUUUAUUGAUCUCAUGUGUAUUGAUUUUUUCACUCUUCUAAUGAUAACAUAGCGAUAACAACAAUACUAAUAAUAAUCAAUACUUUUUUCAAUAUCAUACAUUAUAAUAUACUCACCAUCUUUUUGUUAUAUAUAUAUAUCUUUUUCAAAAAACCUUUUUAUUCUUAUUUCUAUGUGUAUAUUUUUGAUAAGGAGUUGAGUUGUGUAAAAAUGAAAUAAGGCUUUUGAUAGACUUUCCUGGGAUAUUUCCUAUGUUCCUAUUGUUCAUGAUCUUCAUUUCCUCGUAUUAAGGAAUUGAGCUUUCAUUGAUUGAUUAAUUGAUUGAUUGAUUAACAAAUCGUUGGUUUUUGAUUAUUGAUCAUCGAUAGCAAAAUAAAGACAACAGCAACAACAGAAAUAACGUGUAUUAAUCGAUAGUUAUGUUCCAGAUCAGUGUUACUACAAAAUGAAGUGAACUUUUUCUAUGUUUUUCUCUUUAUUGAUUGGUUUAUUUAUUUAUGUAUUUGUUGUUAUUGAGUG